GGUCAAGGUAGCGCAAAGUAUACCAAAAUAAUUCAACCCUUUGAAUCAGGGUUUCUGAGAUCCGCUCCGGAUCAGAAGAUUUAUUUACUCAUUAUCUCUCUAAUUCUAAUCCGUGUGCUAGAUUAAAAUUCCUAGUUUUAACUUACUUAAACGUCUAAAUUUCUUGUUACCAACUUUAUGUAGAAAAAUCUUGCAAAUCAAAGAGUUUUUCUUCUCUCCAUUCAAAUUGCAAAUCUUCAGCUUUUUCUCUACGUGCUUUGUUGAUCUUUAUCUUUCAUUUUUGUUAUAUAUUCACUUCAUUAGACAUCAGAAAAGCUGCAAUCUGGCUAUGGAGGCUGUUGUUGCAGACCAGUCAAUCUCUGCCUGCAAGCAGAUUAAAAUGAUCAGAACAACCCCAAGAUCCUCUGAAAAUCUUGCUCCCAUAAAUUACAACAUCCAUGGAGGUCUCUUGCAGGCUCCUCCUCCACCUUCUCUCUCAUUUUCAUAUAACCCUCCAGCUUCUCUCUACAAUAAAUAUCGGUACCAGCAACUUCAACAAGUACAGAGGCAGCAGCAACAACACCCACCUCUCCUUCCUCUGCCGGUUCCAAACAGACCUCCUCAUCAUCACCAGUCUCUGCCAUCUCUCCCAUCUCGUACCCGAGGCCUCUCUCGCCCUCCCCCCACCAGAAAGGCCAACAACGCCAGAAGCCAAUCUCUCACACCCAAGAAACCAAAGUCAAAGCCCUCCAAGAAAGAAGAAGCUAAGCAAAUAUCUGACUGCUUGAUCAUUGCUUCCACCAACCGUUUGGGACCCGACCCGAAUGAUCUUCCCAAAGAUGUUACUAAGGUUUUGAUGACAUCAUCAUCAUCAUCUUCAUCUUCAUCUUCAUCUUCAUCAUCAAUUGGUAAUAUGAGGGAUCUUAGUGGUGGUGGUGUUGGUGUGGGAGAUAUGGAUAAGUUUUCAGGUUCCAUUUUCACUCUCUCGCCACCUCCGAGUAGCUUGCCUCUCCCGAGGUUUUCUCUGCAGCGAAGACUCAGUCGCAACGCCGAAGCUGCGGGGAUCGACGCAGGAGCAACGGACAAUCUCCGCCGUCUGUUACGUCUCCGCUGAACGGCUGAAGUUGUUGUUUGGUUUAGUACGUAGUGGUUUUGGUGGUGGUGACCAUGGUUUGUUUGUAGGUUGGUGUCUUUUGUGUGAAUAAAGGCUUCGUGGUUGGGUGAUAUUAUCAUGAAAUCCCUCUCCUCCCUUGUCCUUCCUUCUCCUUGAGGAAAUUUGUGAUCACCACCUGUGUUUUUGAUUGGGUGCACAAAAAAAAUACUUCAAGGAUGUUUUUUUUUUCUUUUAAUUUGUUUUUCUUUUGUUGGUCAA